CCCACUACAUCCUCCAUUGAAAAUGUUUCCUUCGAAUAUACAUGUGAUCCAGGACUGCCCGGUGACCGGAGGCGAGCAGGCACUUGCUCGUACAACUGGCAGCGACGAUGAUCAUGCGCCGACUUCACAGAAACGCUCCCUGGGUCUUAUCCACCACGGCAUCAUGAGGGCAACUCGACUUGUGCGCGCGCAGCCGCCAGGGAAUUGGCCUCCCGCUCCUCAAGCUAGGCGAGCCAGCUUAUCUGACAUGGGUGUACCGUGAGACCCCCGCGGCCGUGACUCGCUAUGACGCAGCUGCCGCCUGCGAAUAGGUUCAGCUCAGCGGCGCGGCGACUUGGCCGACCAAUUGCAAUUCGCGCCUGCACCCUGGCCCUGCGAAGGCGGACGUCCACGAGCUUCCCCAUGCGCUCGUUCUCCCCGUUACCGGGGGGCGGACAUGGACGUCGCGUCCGAUUUCCGCCCGCGAGCUAUGCUCUGAGAUAGCAGGUGAGCGUGGCCAUUCU